AUGAUUGGCUUCAUUCAUGAUGGCCUCAUGGUUGGAUCUGUUAUGAAGAGUAAACCAAAUUUGUAUGUUAGCCGACCUAUGUCCACUUUGUUCAAGAAAUCUGUGAAGUCAAUACGAAAAGAAACAAACUCAAAGGAGCAGUCGAUUUUGAAAUCGAACCCAUUUGUGGGACGUCAUUUAAAGAAGAAAAGAACCAUGGUACCUCGAGUAGGAGAGACAGAUCAUAUCCCAGUUAAUGAGGUUCAAACGGAGGGUCUGUUUGCUGGUUAUAAACCACUGUUUUUGGGGAAUUCUUCUAUAUCAACUCAAAAUAGAUUCUAUGAUAACGAAUUACACCUGAAAUUACUUCCGCAGCUAUCAGAUCUCAAGCUUUUAGGAGCUAAUGCAGAAAAUUUCAUAACUGAGAGUUCAUCCUUGCAUGACACCUUAUCGCAAAAGAAUAAUAUUCAAGAUAUUAUUGAGGAACUAAAGAAUGCCACCAUCCAUUCUCAAGAUAUAAAUUCAGAUGGGGAAGGUAUCACAAAACCUACUAUUCCAUGGGACGCCUCCAUUAGUGGAAUGCUAUAUAAAGAUCGUCCGUUUAAGGCUGUCCCGAAUUCUGUUGUAACGAAAUUGAAGCCUUUCAAAAUGAUAACGUCAAAAGAUUUAGGGAAGGAUAAACAACAACCAGAUAAUGUAAUGAUAAAAUUAAAAGUACAUAAUGCUAGAAUCAACGAUGAUUCAGAAUUUUUUAACUUAUUCGAUGUAUCAUAUGCAGAGAAAUUGAAAAAGCAAAAGAGGAAAAUGCGCAAUUCCAAGUCAUUCCAAAAAAAGUCAAUCAAAACGGCACAAAUUCACGAUCAUUCCAUAAAAAAUUUAAUAUCCAACUACCCGUUUUUGAAAAAGGAUCAGACUAUAUUCAAAACAGAAAUUGAAAAAUUAAAUUCGUUCUUAGCCAAGGAAUUCAAUAGGUUAACGAAAUUAACUAUAUACUCUGAUGUCAGAGAAACUCGUCUCCCCCUUUACAUUUAUGUUAAUAAUACACUGGCUGCCAGAAAAGCAUUCAAUCGUUACCUAAAGAAACGGAUGAUGGACGAGAUUUCGCCGAUAUAUUUGACGUUAAGGCAAAUAAUAACUUCCCCUAAGGAGCUUAUUUCAUUUGAUAACAAUCUUUCGCAACGCAUGCACGAAACGGUUCGAGAUUUAAAACGUUCUAUGCCAUCGGUUUAUUACUAUAAUAGUGGAAUAGAUUGUAUUAUCCAAUCAAGCCCCGUCCCUGGAUUUAAAAGAAUACAUUGGCUGAAACCAACCAAGAGGAGACACACUUUUUAUGGCAAGAAUUUCGACAAGAGUUAUCUGUUUAAUCUCAAUAAAGAAUGUUCAGUAACAAGAAAUGGUAUAAGGUAUAUGCAAUAUCCGAUAAAUUUGAUAUCUUCCGAUUUCGAUGAAGUAUUUUCCUCAUGGAAUUAUAGCAGCUCUAAAAGAACUUUGUAA